AUGACAACACCCCAGCCCCCUCAGCCUUCUCCUUCCCCCGUACAGGCCAACGGCGCACCUGGGUUCCCCUUUAACCAGUUCCAGCAGGCUCCCGGCACAGCCAUGGACCCCCGGCUGUUCCAACAACAGCAGCAGGGCCAGUUUGCCCUCGGCUCUCAGUCUUCCCCCAUCCCCGGAGCAGCAGGAGGAAGAGGCGACCCCGGCCCUUCCUCGAUGGCCCAGCAGCAGUUGAAUCAACAACAGUUGAACCAGCAGCUCCAACAGCAACUCCAGCAGCAGUUGAUGGCGGCCCAGCAACAGCAACAGCAACAGCAGCAGCAGCAACAGCAGCAGCAAGCUGGGAACCGUCUUCCUUUCAACCCUGCAAACCUCCAGCCUCAACAGAUUGCCAUGCUCCAACGAAUGGCGCAAGGCAACCCGGGCGCCCAGCUCAACCCCCAGCAGUUGCAGAUGGCCAUGGCUGGUCUGCAAGCGCAACAAAACCAGGGACAGGUCAACCCCCAGAUGCUCGCCGCCAUGAUGCGAGGAGGCCCGCCCGCCCAGUUGAUGGGACAGUUGAAUCCUCAGCAGCAGCAGCAGCUUUUGCAACAGCUUGCCGCCGGUCAGCUUGGCCAACAGCAGCAGGGCCAGCAGGGUCAGCAGGGCGCACCUGGUGGCAUCCCGCAACAGCAGUUACAGGCUCUCCAACAGCAGCGUCUUCAACAGCUCAUGCAGCAACAGCAAGCGCUCCAGCAGGUCCAGCAGCAGGCGCAACAGCAGCAGCAGGUUCAACAACAACAGGCUCAGCAACAGCUACUUCAACAGCAGCAGCAGCAGCAGCAGCAACAACAGCAGCCUCCCACGCCAACAGGACCCGGUGUCAUGACCCCAGAGAUGGCGCGUCUCCAGAUGCAAGGUCGCGGGUCGCCUGCAGUUGGAUCGCCUGUCCGUCCCAAUGCCUCUCAACCGGGAAGCAUGCCACCACCAGCUCUGCCACCAGGAGCGUCGCCAAGACCACCCAACAUGGCUGCACCCACGCAGGGCCAGGUCCGUCCGCCAACGUUUUCGAUUUCUCCCCAGCAGCAACAUAUCCUCGCUACCCAGCGUCAGCAGCUGCUGCAAAAUCCCAACUUUAAGAACCUUACACCGCAGCAACAACAGCAGCAGCUUGCGAGCUUGCAGCAGAACUUUUUGCGCGUGUUUGCUCAGCAGCAAGCCCAGGCCCAGGCUCAAGCUCAGCAGGCGAACCAACAGCAGCAGCAGCAACAACAGCAGCAACAGGCUCAACAGGCUCUGCAACAGGCUCAACAACAGCAAGCUCAACAGCAGGCCCAGCAACAGCAGCCUCCAACACCGACCCAGCAACCGCAGACUCCUGGAUCGCAGAUGCAUCAGAGCCCCGUGCCUGCGUCCAGCUUGCCGCAGUACAUGGUUCCCAACCGCCCGGCGUCGUCGGCUUCGCAACGUGCUCCUUCGCCACAUGGGUCCAUGCCACCUGGGUCGCCCGCGAUGCGCCAGCAAACGGGAACACCACCAGGCAGUGCUCCACCCUUUGCCGGUACACCUCAGGCGGGCGGUGGUGCUCCCUCGCCUGCGCUGUCAAACGUGUCGCACCACUCGCUUGUUCCGCCCACACCCCAGCAGGCGAAUGUGCCAUCGCCCAUGCAGGACCCAUUACGAGUCAACGGACCACCACCUGGUCAGCCUCAGUUUGGCCAGAUGCCUGGUCAAUCACCACAGGCAGUCCAGGCGAUCCAGGCGUUGCAGCAGCACGCACAGAGUGUGCAAAACACCAUGCAGGGUAGCCCAAGCGCCCCGACACCUCCCCAGCAAGGCUUCCCUCCUGGUGCUAUGCCGCCUGGUAUUCCUCCCGGAGCGCUCCAGAACAUGUCGCCUCAGCAUCAGCAGCAGAUGGCGCAGGCCAUGAACUACUUUUCGCAGGCGCAGGCGCAGGCGGCGCAAGGCCAAGGCCAGCCUGGCCAACCUGGCCAGUCGCCCAUUCGUCCAGGCAUGCCUCCUCCCGGCACAGCUAUUCGCCCGCCAGGCAUGCAGAUGCCUCCCAUGCCCCCAGGAAUCAACCCCGCCGAGUUUCCUUUCGAUGCCCGUCUCAUGGCCUACCUCCCGCACGUCAACAACCCGGCGUGGCGUGAUGAGAUGGGCCGUCGCAACCCGAACAUUCUCGCCGAGGUCCAGAACAUCUCCCAGCGCAUUCAAACGGGCCAGAUUCGCCCCGAGAUGCUGCAGCGGAUGCAGCAGUUCCUCAUGCACGUUCAGCGCUUCCAGCAGCAGCAACGCGGCCAGGUUCCCGGUGGUCCUCCGGGCCUUCCUCCCCAGCAAGGAGGUCCCAUCCCGCCACAGCUUCAGCAGCAGCUCGCAGCACAGGGCAUCCAGUUCCCCGGUGGUCCUCCAGGCAUGCAGCCUCCCCAGCCACCACCACCCGGUGCGCACCAGCAGGAACAGCCUCCAGCUUCGGCCCUCGCACAGCAGCAGCAGCAACGGAUGUGGGCCGCCGCUCAACAACAGCAACAACAGCAGCAGCAGCAGCAACAGCUACAGCAACAGCAACAGCAGCAGCAGCAACAGCAGCAGCAACAGCAGCAGCAAGGCUCUCCUGCGACGCCAACCGCUGUUCGCCCGCCCCCGCCUCACCUUGCGCCGUCUGCUGGUGGUACGCCCGACUCGCCCACGCCCAACCUGCUCGCACGCCGUGUAUCGCAAAAGGACAAGACACGUGAUGCUGGAAUGCCCCCGCCUACCUUCAUCCCCACCCACGGCGCUCGCCCACCAGCUGCCGAGCAGCCCGGUCCUGCGCCUGGGUCCCAGCAUGGCCUGCCAGUCAGGGAGUGGGAGAAUGCGCUGCGCCUCGACAUUCCCACAACGGGUAUCAACACGCUGCCGAUCGACGAGUUUGACGAGUACGAUGACCCGACGUUUGGUGGCAAGCUGCCUGCCAUGACGGACCGCGAAAAAGAGGAUGUAAAGACGUGGCUUGGACGCGACAAGCAGUUUGCGACCGGGAUUGUGGACCACCGCAAGAAGAUGGGCAGCAAGAUGCAGCGCUGGGCCGAGCGCGAGGACCAGCAGACUCCCUGGUGGCAGCUUCACAAGGGCGAGCCUCGUUCUCGUCCUACCACACAGCUCUCGAUCGUCUACCCUCACGAAAAGGCUGCGGCCCGUCUCAAGCUCCGUCGUCGCAAGGAGGUUCGCUUCACACCCGAGCAGCUCAAGGCCAUGGCGGAAGUGGAAGACCACGUCGUUCCCGUCCGCCUGGAUCUCGAGCACGACCAGCACCGACUCAACGACACCUUCAUGUGGAACUGUUCAGACACGGUGGUCACUCCCGAGCUCUUUGCGCAGACCAUCUGUGAUGACUUUAAACUCCCUGCGGGCCAGUUUUUGCCCAAGAUCAUUGCCGCCAUCAAGGAGCGCGUUCGCGAGUACCAGGACCAGGUUAUCCCCAUCCAGCCGCGACGCCCUGCCGGACCCGCCGGCCGCGGUACCGUCGACGACGACGACCCCGAGGGCCACUCGAUGCUGGAAGUGUUCCGCCACGCGCACCUUGAGAACGAAGAGGAGAUCAAGACGGACGAAGGAGCCGACCAGGACGACUCGCACAUUCGCAUUGUGGCGUUUGACGACGAAGUGGAUGACAAGGUCAUGACUGUCGACGAGGCCAUGGCGUGUCUCCCUCCUCCCAGCGAAGAGAAUGAGCUGCGUAUCUUGAUCAAGGUCGACAUUAUCGUGGGCACACAAAACCUGGUAGACACGUUUGAGUGGGACCUCAACUCGAGUGUGAGCCCCGAGGAGUUUGCCCAGUCGUACUGCACAGACCUUGGCCUGAGUGGCGAGUUUGUGACGGCCAUCACACACGACAUUCACGAGCAGAUUGUCACCCACCAGCGUUCCCUUUUCCUUGUGGGCCACACCCAGGGCUCGGGAUACAUUGUCAACGACGAUGUGCGCGCCGCCUUCCUCCCGCCCGUCACCACGGCGCUCCGUAAAGAGGACGUGGCCAUGGCCAACUUUACCCCUGUCCUUGCCAACUUUACCGAGGCGGACGUCAUUGCGAUUGAAAAGGAGCGCGAGCGCGAGAGCAAGCGCAAAAAGCGUGCCACCCGUGGUCGCCGUGGUAUUGUUCUCCCGGACCGCGAGCCGCUCAAGACCUUCCGCACUCUCUUGCACCCGGCCAUCGACCCUGCAGUCAUUGCUGCUGCUGACCCAGCCCCACCUCCCGUUUCCAGCACCCGUCGUGCCGCCGCCAUUGCCGCGCAGGCCAACAUCAACCUCGCACUGCAGGACUUGCCGAUUCCUCAACCUCCCUCGCCUCCUUCGGCCCCCGUGUCGCACCGCAGCCACAGGCGCCAGCCGCACCCGCGUCUUUCGCGCGGCGCGUCACGCACCUCACCGCCGUCUACCCGCGAGGGAUCGGUGGUCAAUGGCGAUCAUGGAACACCGUUGCUCGGCCUCAAGCGCUCGCUGCGCGAGGACUCGGAACCAGAAGUUUCGUCACCUCUGCCCCCUCGCAAGCGUCACAACGGUCGCAUUGCCGACUCCCCCGAGGUACCUGAGGAGGUCAAGACCGAGGAGCAGGCCCCCGCUCCCUCGCCGCUGGUCAAGGUGAUUAUUCCUGAACCCGAGCCCAUCAAGAUUUGGCACUGCAAGAACUGUGGCGUCCCCGAGCACCUCUCUGGCGGCCGCAGCGAGAUUGACCUGUGCGCCAAAUGCACGAAAUACCUCCAGCGCACUGGAUCACGUCGCCCUGUCGAGUACAACGAGGACGAAGAGCACCACCGCACACGCACAGACUCGGACAGCCCCAAGCCGCCUGCGUUUGAGCUGCCCGUCGUGCCGGCCACUGGCUCUCCCAGCCGCAACCGCAGGUCGUCGAACCGGUUUGAAGAGUCCGAGUCCGAGUCCGACUCGUCGUCGGACGACUAUGACGACGACGACGAUGACGACGACUCGGCGCGCAAGCGUAAAAAGGCAAAGGCAGCAGCUGCGGCCGCCAAGGCGCGCACCUCGUCGUCGAGCGGCGCACCGCCUACUCCGAAACGCGCAGCCGCCACGCCCAUGCCUGCGCUCCCGCCCGCCCCCGUGCCGCCCGAGUGGACGUCGCGCGCCCACGCCGCCCUGCAGACGAAAUACCCAGACCACCGGUUCAGCAUUGUGCUCAAGGCGCGCCCGCCCGAGUCGACGCAGGCGUCCCCGGACGAGUGGCGCGUCAAAUGCCACGACUGCCCCGGACGCUUGUACAACCCUGGUCCCGAGGAGACGUUCAACAACUUUGAGGUACACCUCAAGAACCGCCAGCAUCGCGAAAAGGUCGAGGCCCGCGUCGCUGCUGCGCGCAAGCGGUAA